AUGUCCGGCUCAGUGAUUAGGAACAAAAAACGCCAGAAUCACUUUUUUUUAAACAUCUUCAUAUUUAAUGGUAGACAACAACAAGGCAAUUGUCAAACAUGGGUGACAUCGAGCAAAACAUAUUAUAAUUUUGAAAUAAUUUUUGUUUACAGGAUCAACGCCAAUAACACGGAGGUAAGGACUGUGCCUCAGCUGAAAAAGAAAUGGCAGGACCUCAGGGCUGCAGCCAAGAAGAAGGAGGUGACAAGGAGGAAGGAGAGUGUGAGAACUGGUGGAGGUGGCCCUCCUACACAACUCACUACUGUUGAACAGAAGAUUGUGAGUUUGAUUCCUCCUUGCCAGAUUGAAGGAAUUGCUGGAGGAUUUGAUUCGGGAGUUGAUGGGUCUUUUCUGGACUAUGCUUUGGAGGCUGAUCUUGAU